AUGUGGCUGCGCGCGGUUGUGCUCGCCCUGCUGCUACAGCUUGUGAGGCCACAAGAUGCAGAGGAGACAACAGUUGCACCCAGAUCGUUUACCGUGGAUUACGAGAACAACACUUUUCUUCUGGAUGGAGAACCCUUCCGCUACGUAGCUGGCUCCUUACACUACUUUCGUCUGCCUCACCCUCUAUGGCGAGAUCGACUAAGAAAGUUGCGAGCUGCUGGUCUCAACGUAGUUUCAACGUACGUUGAGUGGAGUCAACAUGCUCCGGAACCUGGGGAAUACAUUUUCAGUGGAGAUCUUGAUCUUUUACAUUUCAUUGACAUUGCACAAGAAGAGGGACUGUUAGUGAUUCUCCGAGUUGGACCUUAUAUUUGUGCAGAAAGAGAUAUGGGUGGUCUACCAUACUGGUUGCUUACCCUCAAUCCAGAUAUCAGGCUGCGUACUAGUGAUCAAAGUUUCCUAAAUUAUGUGGAUGGUUGGUUAAGCUACCUGUUGCCACUGAUAGCUCCAAAGUUCUAUGGCAAUGGAGGACCUGUUAUAAUGGUCCAGGUUGAAAAUGAGUAUGGUAGUUAUCCAGCAUGUGAUUUUACUUACACUAGCUGGCUGAGAGAUAAAUUCAAACAGUAUGUUAGAAAUGAUGCACUAUUGUUUACAACAGAUGGAAGUUCAGACAUCAUGCUGCGAUGUGGAAAAAUACAAGAUGUGUAUGCAACUGUUGACUUCGGUGUAGGUUCAAAUGUGGCAUCUUCAUUCAGUGCUAUGAGGCGUCAUGAACCACAAGGACCUCUAGUUAACUCAGAGUUCUAUCCUGGUUGGUUGUCUCAUUGGGGAGAAAGAUACCAAAGAGUAAACACAGGUGCAAUUGUGACACGUCUAGAGGAAAUGCUUGAGAUGAAUGCUUCAGUUAACUUUUACGUCUUCUUUGGUGGCACAAAUUUUGGAUUCACCUCAGGUGCAAAUUAUAAUGAUAGAUAUGAGCCACAGCUGACUUCAUAUGAUUAUAAUGCACCACUAAAUGAAGCAGGGGAUCCAACUCCAAAAUAUUUUGCCAUACGAGAAAUGAUAGGACAGUAUUUACCUCUGCCAGAUAUUCCAUUACCAGUUCCUUCAGAAAAGGGGGAUUAUGGUACUGUGACUCUGUAUCCAGUUGCUGCCUUAUUGAGUGAUCUGUUACGGGAAACACUUGGAAAAAAGUACAAAUCAUCAUUGUAUCCUAAGACAUUUGAGCAAUUAGGGCAAAACAGUGGCUUCAUAUUAUAUGAAACAAUAAUUCCAGAUGAUUUAAGUGAUCCUGCACUGCUUGAUGUACCAGGAGUGAGAGACAGAGCAAUUGUUCUCAUUGACAGGAUGUUUGUCACAAUUCUCAGUCGUGCUCAAGGGAUAACCUCAGCAGCAUUAUUAGCCAGACCUCGUAGCACACUACAGCUGCUUGUAGAAAAUCAGGGAAGAAUCAAUUAUGGGUCAGAAAUGAAAGAUUUUAAGGGGUUGGUGUCAAAUGUCACUUUAAGUGGAUACCUUCUUACCAACUGGAAUAUCACUGGAUUUCCUCUCAGUAAUAUAUCAGCUGUUCAACAGUUAGAUGCAGCAACAGAGGUGUCUUCAGAACCUUAUUUUUAUAGAGGUUACUUCACAAUUCCAUCAAAUGAUACAGUACCAAAAGACACUUUCCUGGAUGUUUCUGGCUGGCACAAGGGUGUAGCAUUUGUCAACGGCAACAAUUUGGGUCGCUAUUGGCCCAUUGAAGGUUCUCAAGUCACUCUGUAUGUACCUGCCAUAUUUCUUCAGCCAUAUCCUAAAACAAAUGAAAUUAUUUUAUUUGAGCUGGAGCUACCCUCACAAAGUAAGCAAGUCAAGUUUACAAAGGAGCCAUAUCUUAAUAAAGAACCACCUAAACAAGGAAAAGUAACUCCUUGUCAUUGAUGUAACUUGGUGAAAUUAUUAGGUUUCCUCUUGACUGUUGACAAUGAAUGACAUUAAACUGUAUCAAUCUUGAUAAAUUAUAUAGGACUGGUAACUGAGAAGGUAUUUAAUUGUAACAAGUGAAUGUGGUCACUGAUAAGACUUUUGUUAUAAAUAUGUUACACUUACAUAAUAUUUCAUGUAAAUGAUUCUCUAUCAGUAACACCACAGCUAACAUCAGUACAUUAUGUUUGCAAAGUUAUUUUAUCCAUGUUGGAUGUAGUGAACACUGUGGCCAUUCAAGACAGUUAGUGAAUGAUGUGUGCAGCCACAAAUACUUUUUAAUGUUUUAUUUUAGUGCUAUUACCAGUUACAGUCUACCAAGCACACCUUCAGAUGGCUAAUAUUUUCAGUUACAUAAAUGUUCUGCUCCAUGGCAUGUCAUCUGCUCCUACACUACACAAGAAUAUUUGAAUACUGUAUAGGUAGUUUCAUUAAUAUGAACAUGCUUAAGUGGUUGCAUUUCUUGAGAUAUAAUGUAAAAUAGUUUUAUUCACUUACAUAAAUUCCAGUAGAUAGUGAUUUGUUUUGUUGGGGUAAGAGUGGUUUUCCAGGUCAAUCUCUUUGUUGUUCAAUUAGAAACAGAACACACAUUGCAAAUAAAUGGCUGUGGCAUGCUUCAUAAUAUUCUUAAUGUCAGUGCUAAGCAUCACACAUGUUAUACACUUGAUGUUUCUGUUUACAACGCAAAGGUUAUCAUUAAGCAAAGAUACAAAGAUAGCAUUCAUUUUCAGUUGACCAAGGAUAUAAACAGAGGCAAUAUGAUGUGGGAUGCGCAAAGUGCACUAUGUUAAUAACAUAAAAAGGUUUGCACUCUAUGAUUAAACCGAUUUUAAAAGUCAACAGGACAAAUUGUUUUCGGUAUUUCAAGUAUGUCAUCCUUUUUUUACUUAAUUUUCAACAGAAAUUUUGAUGAAAUACUUCAAAGACAACUGAUUGCAUACUACAAUUUUGACAUAUAUGUACAUUCAUUUAUAUAUACGGACAUCUGCUUAAAAUGACUGUUUAUAAGUUAGUUGCAGGAAAUACAAAAUUAAAAUGUUGGAGGGUGAGAAGAGAGCAACAAAUUUGUUCAUCAUAAUAGUUUAUAUUUGUACAGUUUUACACUGAUAUCUUAAACAGGUGGCCCAGAAAAAUUUAAUUUCCAAAUGUUUAAUAUUAUCAUUGGCUUAGAGACCUGCAAGGCUGCUACCCAUUGCUAGGCUAUCUGGCUGGAUAUAGAGUUUCUUGUUUAAUGAGAAAUAGUUAUGGGCUAGAAUUAAUUCUAAAACUCUAUGGAUUUGUAUAUUUCUGACUGGAAAAGCUAUUUUUUUAUUAAAUUGCACUUAAUUAUUUCAUUAUUUUCAUGGACAAGGAUAUUUGUGUACAAACUCUCAAUGCCCAUGAAUGCAAAUCUGGCACUCUCUGGUACGUGCUCAUCACUUAUGUCAUUAUUUCUCAUUAAACAAGAAAAUCUAUAUGCAGCCAGAAAGGCUAGCAAUGGGAAGCAAUCUUCAGACUCACCUGGUUAAGAUAUCAGUGUAAAAUUGUAUCAAUAUAAACUAUCACGGUGAACAAUUGUGUUGCUCUCAUCACACCCUCCAACUUUUUAAUUUUGUAUUUCCUGCAACUAACUUACAUAUGGUCAUGAUAAGCAGAUAUCUGUAUCUAUAAAUGGAUGUACAUAUACAUCUAAAUUAUAGUAGGCAAUCAAUUGCCUUUAAAGUAUUUAAUCAAAAUUUCUGCUGAAAUUUAUGUAAAAAAAGGAUGACAUACUUGACAUUCUAAAAAUAAUUUGUUCUAUUGUCUUUUAAAAUGAGUUUACUCAUAGAGUGCAAAUGUUUUUCUGUUAUUAACAUAUUGCACUUUGCACAUCCCACAUCAUAUUUCCUCUGUUUACAUCCUUGGUCAACUGAAAAUGAAUGUUAUCUUUGUAUCUCUGCUUAAUGAUUACCUUUGCAUUGUAAACAAAAACAUCAAGCUAUAGCACAUGUGAUGCUCACUGACAUUAAGAAUAUUAUGAAGUGUGCCACUGUGAUUUAUUUGCAAUAUGUGUAGUGUUUGCAAGUCAACAACAUAGAGAUCAACCUGGAAAACCACUCUUACCCCAACAAAACACAUAACCAUCUACUGGAACUUAUGUAAGUGAAUAUAACUAUUUUACAUUGUAUCUAAAUAAAUGCAACCACUUAAGCUUGUUCAUAUUAAUGAAACUACCUAUACAGUGGCACUAAAUAUUCAAAUAUUCUUGUGUAGUGUAGGAGUCGAUGACAUGCUGUGGGUCGAAACGUCUGUGUAACUGAUAAUGUUAACAAUCUGAAGAUGGGCAUGGAAGCCUGAAACUGGUAAUAGCACUAAAAUAAAACAUUAAAAAGUAUUUGUGGAUGGCUAUGUUAUUCACCAACCAUUAUGUUUGCUGGUCAACUUUAUUUUAUUUGACUGAGUUUCUUCUUAAGUCUUUGUGCAUAUCACACCCAGGAGGAACUGCACAUGCUUGCAAAAGGAUAACUGCUGACAUGUAUUAUAAAACACAAUGGGCACCAUUAAACAGUGUUAACCUAACAAUAGUCCUCCACUGAUUGUGCUGCAAUCAAAUACACUAGUGACCAAAUGUUAAGAAUAAUCAUGAAAAGAGGGAAUAUUGUUUUAUUAGCACUUUGGAAGGAUUACUGUAGGAGCUAAAACUUAGUCACAAGACAUUUGGCAUACCACAGUGCCUGGAAAAUAAUUUUAGAGAAGCUCUGGUAGUUAAAAUACAUAUUUGUAAGGAAAUAACAGAAUUGAGAAAUCUGUUCUACAUCAAAAGAAGUCGUUGAUAGGGGAUAUGGUUACUGCUAACAGCAACACAUGCUGCACUGUGAUGCAGCAUGCAUUCUACGAGAUGGUUCAAAAAUGUUCUUUGCAGACAAUCUCAGUCCGCAGCAAGAGCAGUGUGGAGGGCAGGAAGUGUCCUUAGCGGAAGCUGACAGGAUGCAAUUCAUCUCCCUAAAGCAGCCCAGCCCUGUUCUAUAAGGUUCAGAUCUGGGGACAUCACUGACCAGUCCAUGCAACAGGUAUCAUCACCUUCAAGAAAGUCAUCCACCAGAAAAGCUCUAUGUGUACAGAGGAAGUCUUGACCAACCAUAUCUCUGAAAAGACACAAUAGUGGUAGCAGUUCCUUAUCUCUGUAUCCCAGAGUGUAUACAGUAUUCCUCCAGCUACCAACAAAGUUGUGCAUCUCUGUAUGGCAAUUCAUUAUGAUGCUUACCCAUACCGUGAUGUCAUCACAACCAAACCAGUCACUUUCCACAAUUUUCCUGGUGUUGAAUUGGGUAUCAGGUUCUCUCCAGAGAAAUGUAAGAUGAGAAUCUUUUUUUAAAACUGAAGUGGGAUUCAUCUGUGAAGAGCAUGUUCCUCCAUUCAUUCAUGGUCAGAUUUUGAUGUUGCUGACUCCAUAAUACACGGGCCCAUCUCCAUGCUGGAGUGAGCAAGAUGCACAUAGCCAGAUCUCUGGCAAACAUCCCUGCUUUUCUGAGUCUCCAAUAGACAGUUUGUUGGGAAACAGAAACUCCUGUGGCAGCUGCAAGCUCUGCAGCCAGUUGCUUUGCAGGUGCAUUCUGAUUACAUUGGACAGUUACGACAAGGUAUCGGUCUUGCUGUCAAGUAGUUACUUUUGGUUGACCUAGUACUGGCCAACAAUGACCAUAUACUCAACACCUUUGCCAAAGCCUCAAAUGAUGCUUUGUGGCACAUCUAAGGAUACUGAGAUGUUGGUCUGUAUCUGGUUUGCUUCCAAGUGGCUGAGUGUUCUACGCAGCAAAACAGGGUUCAAGUUGCAUUUUUGUGGCAUUAUGUUGUCAACUUCACCAAGAAACUGCACUUUGCUCAACUAUUAGUGGACAAACAAGACUGAGAUAUGAUUAGUCUCAUGCGCUGUUUGUGUUUACCUUUUGCUUGUGCCAUUGUUCGCACCACAGAGUACUCGUUCCGUAUACAGAGCAAACAAGUUGGGUCCAAGGGAAAUAUUUAUGGUGAUGUUGGGUGCUUUCUCACCUUUUCCCAUUUAAUUUUUGUAUUUUCAUGAUUAUGUUUAACUCUUGGACACUAGUGUACUAGAAGUGGUAUCACUGAUUACAAAAAUUGAUAUACUGGCUUAAUUCCAUUUAUGGAGGGCAUCACAUGUUAAUUGACAAAAUAAGAUUAUAUGAAGAUGAACAAUGGUAGAUUUGGCAUUUAAAACAAUGAAAAGACUUCCUAAAAUGCUGCCUAAUCUCACAAGAUUAAUAACAUAUUUUAAGUAUUUAUACUCCAUCAAUUUACAGACCAUAAAUUUCAAUUUCCUAUAAAAUAACUGAUUUGUUAUGGAUGCAUGGUGAUACCUGAGAAUGUGCUGAUCAUAAUGUCUUGAUAAAAAGAGGAUGUUGCUGAUAAAACAAUCAAAAGUAUCUCUUUGAGCAGAACUUUGUAAUAAGUAAUGUUACCACUAGGAAUGUAUAGGUAGAUUGUACAUAACUCUCUCUCUCUCUCUCUCUCUCUCUCUCUGUCUGUCUCUCUCUCUCUCUCUCUCUCUCUCUCUCUGUCUGUCUCUCUCUCUGUCUCUCUCUCUCUCUCUCUCUCUCUCUCUCUCUCUCUCUCUGUGUGUGUGUGUGUGUGUGUGUGUGUGUGUGUGUUUGUUUUUAAGAUAAAGACAGAAAGUUAACAUAGUCAUUGUACAUAUACAGUUCUGCAUUUAUAAUAGAUAAUGACUGUCCGAGUCAUUUUUUUUAUUAAAUUGGAAAUUGCAAAUGUUUCAUUAUAUUUUGCUGCUUUAAUUGUAGUUGAUUAGUUACUCUGCUAUGCUGCAGGCUGUCUGCAAAUAUUUGAUUAAUAAACUAUUUGUGUGGUUGAUUUCAAUAAAAUAUCAAUAUAACAACAAUAAAGAUGCAUUCCAAAACUACAUGUAAAUGAAAAGCAUUUAUGCAAUGAAUAUUCAGUCAUGUAACUAUACUCUUAUCAUGAAAGUGAUGUCUGCAUGUAGUACAGAAAACUUGGAAAUAUAAAGCUUGGAAAUUUAUAACUAACUGUGUAUUACUUAGACCACAGACUUACUUAGUCGAGUAAACUGACUGUAUCUUACAAACCUUCACAUUCAGCAACAACAAGAUUUUCAUGUCAUUCAUAAGCAAUGAUGACUGGUAACGCACAGAUUUCAGUGAUGUUGUGUAUUGAUGUCUGUAAACAAAAUGUAUUUUCAGUUAACUGUCUCAAACAUGUAAAUAUCAAAACUAUUGUGUUUUCUGUAUGUUAACAGUUAUGUUUGUUUAUACUACCAAUUUCAAAUGAAAUUAUUUGUAAAUGUUGUAUGAAUAUAAAUUAAAACACAAAA